AUGGCGAGCCGAGAUGAAAUCUCUCCGAUGAAGAUUGAGUUAAGACAAAUAGAAAAAGACGGCAGUGGUCGAGUAGUUGUCAUUGCGGAAGAGUCGGAGGAUAUUUGGCAUCUUUAUAAUCUGGUUCAAAGAGGCGAUCGAGUAACGGCUAAUACGGUGAGAAAAGUGUCGAAGGAAACUAGUAGUGGUAGCGUGUCGUCAGAAAAAAGGCAUUUGCGAUUGACCAUCGCAGUGACGGCAGUUGAUUAUGAUGGUGAAGCGAAUAUAAUACGGUUCUCGGGCAAGAACCGUACCGAGAGCCCAUAUAUCAAGCUGAAUCAGCACCACACGAUAGAGGUUGGGUUGAAUAAUAAGAUACAAAUUUCAAAAGGGAAUUGGGACAGCUUUUCACUCGACAUACUCAGUGAAGCAACGAAUGUUUCAGCCAAUGCUGAGCUCGCGGUUGUACUGAUCGAUUCCGGGAUUUCAAAUUUGUAUCUCCUUACGCGAGUUCUCGCGAAGGAGAUGGUAAAAGUGUCUGUGACUAUUCCCAAGAAACGUAGUGGGAGUAGUGGAUACGAGAAGGCAUUGAAUAAAUUUUACGAACACGUUUAUCAAGCAAUAAAAAAUCACGUUGAUUUUGAAAGAGUGAAAUGCAUCGUCAUCGCGGGCCCCGGUUUUGUCAAAGAUGACUUUGUGAAAUAUGCCCGGGAGGAAGCGACCAAGAAAGCCGAUUCAUUAAUGUUAAACGCAACAAAGAAUAAGUUCGUUUCCUGUCACUGCUCUACAGCGUACAAACAAGGGCUCAACGAACUGAUGUCGAAUGAAACUGUGAAGUCGCAGGUGGCUGAUACUAAAGCAAUGUCGAAUGUCUCUGCACUGGAUCGAUUUUAUACUAUGUUGAAGAAUGAUCCGGAACGAGCCGUUUAUGGGCCCGGCCCUGUGACGAAAGCGGCUGAGAUGGGCGCGAUUGAAGAGCUGCUGAUCACAGACGGUCUUUUCCGAUCGUCCUCUGUUGCUGUCAGGAAGCGAUAUGUGGCGCUCGUGGAUGAGGUGCAGACCACGAGUAGUGUAUUCGUUUUUAGUACUCAACACGUUAGUGGUGAACAACUACAGAAUCUUGCUGGUAUAGCAGCAACACUGAAAUUUCCUUGUCCUGAUCUGGAUGAAGAAUACGCCCUCACUGAGCAGGAGCCGAUGGACUCGGGAGAUGAUGAAGAUGUGACGCCGGAGAGCUCGGAGAUCGAUGAUGCUUUUCUAGCAACCAUUUGA